AUGGCCCUGGCGGCCACCCCCACCCUCGUCUCUCUGCUGCUGCUGCUGAGCGCGGGGCGCGCGGCGAGCCACUCGGUGCCAGUGCAGGCGGCCUUCCUGGAGGAGGCGGGCGGCAGCGGGGAGGCGGAGGGCGCCUCGGCCUCGGCCUCCAGCCUGGCGCCCCCUCGGACGCCGGCCCUGGCCCCCACGGCGCUGGGGGUGCAGCCCACGGCGCUGGAGGGCCCCCCGCCGCCCACCAACUUCCUGGACGGCAUCAUGGACUUCUUCCGCCGGUACGCCAUGCUCAUCGCCGUGGUGGGCUCGCUGGUCUUCCUGCUCAUGUUCAUCGUCUGCGCCGCGCUCAUCACCCGCCAGAAGCACAAGGCCUCGGCCUACUACCCCUCGUCCUUCCCCAAGAAGAAGUACGUGGACCAGAGCGACAGGGCCGGGGGUCCCCGCACCUUCUGCGAGGUCCCCGAGAGGGCGCCCGCCGAGCGGCCGGAGGAGGCCUUGGACUCGUCCCAGCAGCUGCAGGCUGACAUCCUCGCCGCCACCCAGAACCUCAAGUCUCCUGCCAAGGUGGCCCCUGGUGGCGGGGACACAGCCAGGAUGACAGAGUGCAAGGCUGAGGAAGUGGAGGAGGGCACCCCUGAGGGGGCCUUGGCCUGCAGCGCCUCCCUGGGCACCCCCGAGCUGCCCCAGGAGCCCUGCUCAGCUGGGACCCAGGGAGCUGCAGUGGCUGAAGGCCAAGGGGAGUCAGAUGUGGUGCUUCAGUCAACCCAGGAAGCUGGAGACCCCGCCGAACCCCCUGAAAGCCCUUGUGCGUGCAGCAGUGCCACCCCUGAGGUCUAA